AUGUUCCACGGUCCCGCUGUGCCUCGUGCGAGGAAAAGGUUGAGAGCAGCAGAAGCCGGCGUUCCCAGGCGUGAAGAGGUGAAGUUUGAGGAUGUCAGGCUGUACCUGGUGGAGAGGAAAAUGGGCCGCAGCAGGAGAAGCUUUCUGACCCAGCUGGCCACGUCAAAGGGCUUUAUUGUGGAAGACGUCCUCAGCGAUGAGGUCACUCAUGUGGUGUCGGAGGACAGCCAGGCUUCGUCCCUGUGGAAGUGGCUAAAGGAGUGUGGCCCGAAGAAUCUACCCAGCCAUGUGCAUGUGUUGCACAUCAGCUGGUUCACUGACAGCAUGAGAGAGGGGAGACCUGUUGCUGUGGAGACCAGACACCUCAUUCAGGAGGACACCUUGCCCACAUCGCCAGACGGUUCUACACCCACUCCUGUGGCCACCGUCUCUCCAUACGCCUGCCAGAGACGGACAACCAUAGAAAACAAUAACAAGAUAUUCACAGAUGCUUUUGAAGUGCUAGCGGAGAGCUAUGAAUUCAACGAGGUCGAGGGUCCAUGCCUGGCCUUCAGGAGAGCUGCGUCUGUGCUGAAGAGUCUGCCCUGGGCGGUGCGGUGCCUCGGGGAAACUCAGGACCUGCCUUGCCUGGGGAAACACAGUAAGGAGGUCAUGGAGGACGUCCUUCAAUGCGGCCGUUCGUUUGAAGUCGAGAAUAUCCUCUCCGAUGAAAGGUAUCAAACACUUAAGCUGUUCACAAGUGUGUUUGGGGUUGGACCUAAGACGGCGGAGAAGUGGUACCGCGGAGGGCUGCGCUCAUUCAGCGACGUUCUGGCAGACCGCAGCGUUCAACUAAACCGGAUGCAACAAAGUGGUUUUCUACAUUAUGGAGACAUCUCCAGGGCUGUCAGUAAAGCAGAGGCCCGGUCCCUGGGGAACAUUAUUGACGAAGCUGUCCAUGCGAUCACGCCGGCCGCCGUAAUAGCACUGACAGGUGGCUUUUGCAGGGGGAAGGAGUUUGGUCAUGAUGUAGACUUUAUCGUGACCACACCUGAGCUGGGGAAGGAGGAGAGUCUGCUGCCCGACAUUAUUGAUGAACUUGAAGAGCAGGGCAUUCUGCUGUACUGUGACUACCAGGCCUCCACCUUUGAUAUGGCGAAGCUUCCCAACCACCGGUUUGAGGCCAUGGACAACUUUGCGAAGUGCUUCCUGAUCGUGCGGCUGGAGGGCAGCCGAGUGGAGGGAGGUCUCCACUGCGCCGAGGGCGACAACAGGGGCUGGAGGGCAGUGCGCGUGGACUUGGUGUCGCCACCUAUGGAUCGCUACGCCUUUGCUCUCCUGGGCUGGACCGGCUCCAGGCAGUUUGAGAGAGACCUGAGGAGGUUCGCUCGAGUGAAGCGAGGGAUGCUUCUGGACAACCACGCCCUGUACGACAAGAGCAAGAAAGAGUUCCUGGCAGCUACGACUGAAAAGGACAUCUUUGCCCAUCUGGGUCUCGAGUACAUCGAGCCUUGGCAGAGAAAUGCGUAGGCCUCCACUCCUCCCAGGCUGGAUGAUACCCUGUGCGUACAUCAGUGUUUAUCCCAUCUGCUUGCCAUUCUGCGGCUCUCCUGUGAUUCACUUUCAAACAGCUUUUGAUUUCCAUACAGUUUUGUUUUGUUGUUACUGCUAUUGUGGUUGUUGUUGUCUGGACGACUUCAUGAUUCACACUUCUUGCUUAUUCACUAUUGUCUGUUAGCGAGUAAACACUCUCCUAUACCAUUCAUGGCUUUGCCUGUCUCUAAGUGUCGUAAUCAUAGGCAGGACACAAAGACAAAUCAGUCGGAGUAUGAAUCGCCCGGGGUGCCUGCGAGGUGCAGGAGAGAAGGGAGUCUGAAAGAGAAACAGAGGAGAGGGACCACAGAGAGGAAGGGAGGGCGAGGGAGAAGACAGGAAGCGAUGAGAGAAACGAGGGGGAAGGGAGCUUUUGUCGAGCAAAAUGUUGUAAUCACCCUCCUCCUGGCAGGAAAGUGCUCGACGUGAGGCUGAGCCAGGUCUCUGGGGAAUUGAGAGGCGGAUAAUGAGCUUCAGAUAGAGGAGCGUUCGGCGUCGCCAUUUAGCCUCCAUUUAAGCCUACGUCCACUGGAGAUCAUUUAGCUGGCAUGCGGCAAUCCACAGACCCACAGUCUCCGCUCUUGUUCCACAAUGAAUCCCCUUUCCCCAGAUGCUCGGCUGAAAUUAGAGGCAAUCAGCUGCACCGGGAAGUCCUGGAGAAUUCAGAUGGAAGGUAAAUGAGUCCACUAACCACAUGAAUGAGUCUUGGCAUUCAAAGCAGCUCUGGCUCCAGUGCGUCCAUUAUCUUAUUGGUUUGACUUUGGCUUAUGUUUUAUGUAUGAUGCUUGCUUAUGUCCUUAUUUUACAGUGGCAGUGUAGGACAAUGAUUCGCUAAUGAAGAAACUUUAUUGAUCCCCCGUGGGCCAUUUGGGUAAGUCCGACUUGUUCCUGCAGUGUGGACACAACCUGCCCCGCUGUCCACACCCCAACCCACUUUCCCAUGAUGCUCAGCCCCCAGUUUAUCCCAUGGCGCCUCAACAAGAGCAGAGACAGAUGAGAGCCAGGCCCUUCUAGUGAAUCACCCUAUUUAAAGAUCUUUAAGUAGAACAGUCCGGCACUUUGAGGACUCGACCCGGGCCUCCUCCCCGCCACCCUUUCUUCUUCUUCCUCCUUCUCGGUCUGUCUGUCUUUCUCUCCCGCUGUGUUGCUCUCUCACUCUCGCUGACACAAAACAAACUCUUGACGGUUCUGAGUGUUAACCAGAUGGAGCGAGCUCCGGCACCCUGGUCUCCUGGGUUAUCUGUUUUCACUUUUAAAGCAGGGCUUAAUUCUUUACCAGAAAUUAGGAAAUCUCUCCAGAGUAAAAACAAGCUGACCUCAAUAAAUUUACA